UGCUGGGCCAGAGAAUAACAUCCAUGUUUCGCUGCAGAUCAUCUCGUCCUCCCAGGGGCAAGGAAAUGGCUGCAAUGGAGCUGGCUCAGGGGCCGGUGACCUUCGAGGAGGUGGCUGUGUAUUUCUCCAGGGAAGAGGGGACUCUGCUGGACCCCACUCAGAGAGCCCUCUACAGAGAUGUCAUGCAGGGGAACUAUGAGACGAUGGUCUUGCUGGGUAAGGAUUCCUGUCCCUUCUGUUCUUGGAAGGGGAAAUGAAGAGUGAAGGUUCAUGCCACCCCCACAAUGCCAUCUGUACCCUGUCCUGUUUCAGCAUCACCCCAAUAGGCCAGUAACAUACAUACUACCAGAGACCCUCCUCUGCUGCAGAACACUUUGGGAACAGAGCACAGGAGCAGCAUCACACAAUGUCAAAUAUCUCCUCUUUACUCAAGUAAAACUGGGGUUAGGUCCAGCAUAAUGAACAGAAGCUUCCUACCCCCAGCCUUCUCUC